CAACAUCCCAAUUCCCCCGCCUUAUCAAACAACUCCAAGACUAUCGUCGCCAUUUCAGCUGCAAGUGCAUUUAAUUGCUAAUUGCUACCAUCAUAAAAUAAUAGGACUAUUGAGUCUGCCCAGUACAUCUCCUUGCAACAUUCAACAUCGAGUCAUCACAACAGCCAGUUCCAGAAGCAACAAUUCACGCCAUGGGAAAAAAGUCCAAAACAUUCACAGGAUGCUGGACAUGUCGGGCCCGCAGAGUGAAAUGUGACGAGGUGCAACCUGUCUGCAAUCGAUGUACCAAAGCACGUCGAAUCUGCGAGGGCUAUGGAGUUCGUCUUACAUGGAAAAGCAACCAGAAGGAAACUCCAUUCAGAGUCCUUAUCAACCUUGAUACAGAUGCCGUAGAAAUACCGCCAGACGACCUAGAUGAUAUGAUCAACCGAUGCUGUUAUACUGAGGCUAGCCAUGAGACCCAGACUUUUGGUCCUUUUUCGGUGUUUAGCGUUGGACAGAGCACGGGUUACGAGUCGCCGGGACAACAGCAACUUGAUGCGCAAGAAUGCCAGGCAGAUCAAGGACUGGUGGAGGAAGCUGGAGCAGAGAAUUCUCACACGCCCUCCUCUAAUGAGUCGUUAAUGGAUGCAAGUCAACCUUCAGUACCAGAGUUCAGCAAUCAACCGCCAUUAGAUACCACCAUACUCGGUACGCUUACGCAUCCAGCUACCACGUCGAUUCAUGAUUAUGUUAAUGAAAAUGAUGAUCUGGUGCUGGAUGAGCUUUUCUCAGCAGAAUGGUUCCUUGGCCCGAGCUCUUGCGACCUUGAGUCACAAGUGUCAUCAUGGACAGAAACCGGACUCUUCCCGCUCAGCUUGGAAAACGACAACCCUUUCACUAUGGCAAUUCCACUAGAGGACGAUUCAUCACCAGAUCACAUCCAUGUCACCGACACCCCGUUCAAUUCCUGGCAUGAAUUCCCGUCGCCACAAACCAGUCUCAGCCCUAUCUCCAUGUCUCGACAACAGACUGAGCUGAUCCAUCACUGGCUAGUCUUCAUGUGUAGAAACAUGGAACCAAUUGACGCAGUGGACAAUCCAUACCGAGUUGUAUAUCUUCGUCUCGCUUCUGAAGGACUCCGUAGCACUUCCAAGAGCCACAUGGCUGUGUUCCAUGGUGUCUGUGCUGCCGCCGCGCACAAUCUGAAUACCCUACGGCACGACGAGACGAAUACGCGAUCAGCGUGGAAUGCCCAGGUAGCCCUGCAAAAUCUACAAGAGUCCAUUUCAGAGCCAAAGCGCAUGGACUAUACUUCUGUUCUCGCUGCUAUUGCAAUGUGUAUUAUGCACGACACCAUGACGGGGCAGCCUCGCAACUGGAGAACUCAUAUACAAGCUGCACUGAGGAUAAUAGUACAAGGGACAAUUCAUCUGGGUCUUGAUGCGGGAUCUGAAUUACACGUUGUGGUUCUGCAAUGUCUUUGUCUCGUUGUUUUGGGUGAUGUUGAGACACAAGAUGACCUUGCAGAUAUGUUAUCGCAACUCCCCGCCACGGAGGACUAUCUCUUCAAACAACACAGUAUUACAAAGACUCUCGUGGGUAUAAUUUCUCAGAUCAACACUCUCUCGAAAAAAGAUACUGAAAGAGAUUUCACUCUGAUCGAUCAGCUAGAGCUCCAGAUCUAUCUCCAAGUCACCCCAAACACUCAACACAAUCAAUUCCGCAGUGAUAAAGUCAACUUCAUCAACCAGCACUAUGCCUCCGUCUGGCACUACGCCACAAUAAUACACUUCCAACGACGUAUCCGUCACAAGCCUCCAGGGCAGCUACAAGAUAUUGUGUCUGAAGCACUGGCUCAUCUUGAAGCAGCUGAAGAUGUUGCUACUGAUCUCGACGGAUGUAUUCUUCUGUGGCCUUGCAUGGUUAUCGCAAGUGAAUGCUAUGAUGAGGAGCAUAAGAUGCGUGCGUUGAAUUGGUUUAAGAGAAAGGGCCGCCAUGGAUUCGCAAAUGUUAGCUUGGCAAGUACAAUUUGUCUUGAAUAUUGGAAGUGGCGUGAUAGGAAUUCUACCAGGAGCUUAACUACAUCGUGGCAAGAUUUUGUUGUAGGAACUCAGUAUGAUGUUGUUCCGGUAUGAGAAAAUUAAAC